GCCCCGGAAGUGCUUGGGGGGCAUCGGGCUUGGUGUGGCCUCCGUGUUGGAGCCGCUUCCUUUCUGGCCGACAUCUUAGCGAGGAGGCCGCGGCGGUGGCAGCAGCAGCAGCAGCGGCUCCUCCCCAGCCUUUAGCAUGCCGCCUAAGGACGACAAGAAAAAGAAAGAUGCCGGCAAGUCAGCCAAAAAGGACAAGGACCCCGUGAACAAGUCCGGGGGCAAAGCCAAGAAGAAGAAGUGGUCCAAGGGGAAGGUCCGUGACAAGCUGAACAACCUCGUGUUGUUCGACAAAGCCACGUACGAGAAGCUGUGCAAGGAGGUGCCCAACUACAAGCUCAUCACACCCGCCGUGGUCUCGGAGAGACUGAAGAUCCGUGGCUCCCUGGCCCGGGCCGCGCUGCAGGAGCUGCUCAGCAAAGGCCUCAUCAAGCUGGUCUCCAAACACAGAGCCCAGGUCAUCUACACCAGGAACACCAAAGGUGGCGAUGCCCCAGCUGGGGGUGAAGAUGCAUGAAAAGGUCCGUCUGAUUUGUUUUGUAAAUCUAUACAUUAAAUAUUGAAAAGCAG